AACAAUAUCUUCUCCUGUUAAAUUAAAUAAAAACCCAUCUAAUUUCAAUAUUCUUCAUUCUAAAAUCGUCGUAUCCGUAUCUUAUCUAUCUAUAGUGUCAAUAAAUACAGUUUUAAAUAAGCAGUCGGUCAGCUAAUCGGACGUUGGUGUUAUUGAAUCGUCGAUCAGAUCAGCGAUCAAAUGGCGGAGGACAAGUACAAUUUGAAGAACCCGGCGGUGAAGAGGAUCUUGCAGGAGGUGAAGGAGAUGCAAUCUAAUCCAUCUGAUGAUUUCAUGAGCCUGCCUCUUGAGGAGAACAUAUUUGAAUGGCAAUUUGCCAUCAGGGGACCUAGUGAUACUGAAUUUGAAGGUGGGAUUUAUCAUGGAAGGAUUCAGUUGCCUGCAGAAUAUCCAUUCAAGCCUCCUUCAUUUAUGUUACUGACUCCAAAUGGCCGCUUUGAAACCCAGACAAAAAUAUGUUUGAGCAUCUCUAAUCAUCAUCCUGAGCACUGGCAGCCAUCAUGGAGUGUACGAACAGCUCUGGUAGCUCUCAUUGCAUUCAUGCCUACCAAUCCAAAUGGUGCAUUGGGCUCAUUGGACUACAAGAAGGAAGAGAGGCGCGCUCUGGCAAUCAAAUCUCGUGAAGCAGCUCCUACAGUUGGGACUCCUGAGCGUCAAAAACUCAUUGAUGAGAUUCAUCAGUAUAUGCUCGGUAAGGCACCGCCUAUUCCUCAGCUGAGCUCCUCUCAGGCUAAAGAACAUCCUUCCAAUACGGAGGAUGAAGCCCAGGCAAGUCUGCAAGAAGAAGGAUCCAUAGCUGCGCAUCCAAACCCCGCAGUUGGUGAAAAUAUGGCAGUGGAUGGUGGGAUUAUUGAAGAACUGCCUGAGGCUCCUGUCAAUGUGAAUCCCGGUACUACAAGAGUGAGGCCAUCAAGAGAAACUCCUACUAGAGGUUCAAGUGAUCAACUCUUGCGUAGGCCAGAGACAAGGAUUCAAAAACCAGCUGACGAUCGUUUAUUUACAUGGGCGGCUGUUGGACUCACCAUUGCAAUUGUGGUUCUUUUGCUGAAAAAGUUCAUGAAAUCCAGUGGACAUGGUGCUCUUUUCAUGGAUGGAUCAUAAAUGCAAUGAUAAUCUUCUAGAUCGGGGGAAAGAUUCUGUUUCAAGUUAUUUAUAGGGAAGGGGGAAAAAAUGAGGAGAAACGAAACAAAAGCAAAACAAGAAAUUGCUAUGCAGAUUUUCAUCUGGAUUGGUGUUAAUUUGUAAUAUAAUAUGACAUGCUCAAUUAUUGUAAGUAAUAACAUAGUUGACCGACUUGUUUGCAUUUGGAAGCAUGGAGGUAAUAGGAGUUUAUCAGUAUAUUCUUAUUCCUCAUACGUUAUCCGAUAAUUUUCCAAUGUGUGCAUAUUUUAUUAUUCUGAGUUGUAGCAGCAA